CAGGGCGGCAGCGGCGGCUCCGGGAGGGCCGGGCCGGGCUGGGCCGAGCCGGGCGGACCGAGCGGAGCGGCGUGAGAUCUUUGAAACACCACCGGGACUUGGUCACCAGGGGGUGGAUUGCUGAGGAUACGGCUCUGCCCUCUGCACUCAGGACAUGUAUGGCUGAAGGGCUCAGCCCCUUCCCUGGCUGCAGGGCAGCGCUGUUCUCCCUCCCACCAUGUGAGCUGGCACACCUGCACAGCAAAUAGCUGCCUUUUUCAAAGAAUGAGCACAUGCCGAUGGUGCACACAGAGUGGUGCUGACACCACCGAGUUCCUGAGGCACUAUGCUGCUCAGAGGCUGUCCCAGGAAGAUUUUGAAGGCUCCAAUGAUGACCUCUGUUACUGCCUGGAGUGUGUGGUUGAAUACCACAAAGCAAGGGAAGAAUGUCCAAGAUUGCAUGAGGACCUGUGGGACUUGGAAACCUCCCGCCUGGUUGCCCACAUGGAGAAAUCCAUGAAUGAGGAAGCAGGAGAAGAUGAGCUGUUUCUGGUUGAUGAGCAUGGGGAGACACCUCUGUCUGGUUAUGUGGGCCCAAAUUUUGAGAACAACCUGCGUGUGCCCCUGCUGGAAAUACUGAAAUACCCCUACCUGCUGCUGCAUGAGAAAGUCAGUGAGCUAUGUGUAGAAGUGCUCUGCAGAAUGGAACUAAGUCAAGACUCCUUUCAGGUCUUUGAGAAAUACCCAGGAAUUUAUCUCUUUUUGGUCCACCCAAAUGAGGUGAUUCGUCGAUGGGCCAUCCUAACAGCAAGGAAUUUAGGAAAGGUUGACAGGGAUGAUUUCUAUGACUUAGAGGAAGUGCUGACUUGUUUGUUCAGAGUUAUUGAGUUGGGGCUUUUUGAGAACCCAGAUAUUUACAGCUCUUCAAUGUUUGAAAAGGGUAAACUCAUCCUUCUGCCAGCUCAUUUGUAUGAUACAGCCAACUACAAGAAUUAUUGGCUGGGAAUUUGCAUGUUGCUGUCAGUGCUGGAAGAACAAGCUAUGGACUCUCUGUUACUGGGCCCAGACAAACAAAAUGAUUUCAUGCAGUCUAUACUUCACACUAUGGAGAAAGAAGCAGCUGAUGAUUCCACUGACCCCUUCUGGCCUGCCCUACACUGUUUCAUGGUUAUUUUGGAUCAGCUUGGGUCUAAAGUUUGGGGUCAGCUGAUUGAUCCUGUCCAAGCCUUUCAAACCAUAAUCAACAGUGUCAGCUACAACAAUGAAAUCAAAAAUAUUCGCAGUAGUUUUAUGAGGACAAAAGCUGAACCAGAAUCAGACUAUGGUGAUGACAUGAUGUCCUGCAGUCAGAUUGUGUAUAAUUAUAACACAGAGAAGCCUCAAAAGGACACUGGCUGGAAGGCUGCCAUUUGCCCAGAGUACUGCCCCAACAUGUAUGAAGAUAUGCACACCCUGGCUAACAUGCUUCAGUCUGACAUUGGCAGAGACAUGCGUGUCCAUCACAGCACGUUCCUCUGGUUCAUCCCUUUUGUUCAGUCCCUCAUGGAUCUCAAGGACUUGGGUGUAGCCUAUAUAGUAGAGGUCAUCCACUACCUCUGCUCAGAAAUCAAAGACAUCCUCAUCGAACGAUUCCAGGAGUGCGACAAAAUCUCCGAGUUCUUCCUCCUCAUCUUGGUGUCCAUCGUUGAGCUGCACAGAAGCAAGAAGUGCCUGCACUUGCUGUGGAUCAGCUCCCAGGAGUGGGUGGAGGCGGUGGUGAGGUGUGCCACGCUCCCAAGCAGAGCCUUCACUCGCUGCAGUGAGAAGGCUCCGGGGCUGUUUGCCAAGGGCUCGGCCGCGGGCUCCUUGCAGGCGCCCAGCUCGGUGCAGCACGCCUGCGUGCAGCUCAUCCGCAGCCUGCUCAAGGAGGGCUACCAGCUCGGCCAGCACGCCCUCUGCAAGCAGUACCUGGACAAACUGAACCUCCUCCUGCGGGGAAAUCGAGCUGUGGGCUGGCAGCUGAGCAGCCAGGAAACCCAGGAGCUGCAAAUGUGCUUAAAGCAAGUUAUAAGAAGUAUAAAGGGCAAAGCGCUGAGCAGCUCUUUGGCUGGAGGGAGCAAGUCAAGCUCAACAGCUUUGCCGAGUGUCUCUACAAAGCAGGAGAGGAAUGUGUGUGAUGAUGGGUACAAGAUGAGUGGACAUGAGAGGAGGGACCUUUGUUCACCAUUUGUCGUGUCAAAGGAAGGCAGAGAUUGUCAAGAGAACCCUUUGCAUAGGAGAAAGAAUGCCUGGGAAGAGGAAUGUAGAGAUGCAUGUAGAAGCUCAACAUCUUCCACAUCCACAGAAGGCCUCUUGAUGAAUAUCAAAAAAGAGCCUAAUGACUUGACAGAUCAGGAGUUUGUCUUCCCACAGAACUCUUUGGCAACAAAAGUGUGUGGGAAAGCUCAGGAAAAUAGGAGCUCUGACCUUGUGGCAGGGAAGUGCAAUACGGAUGAUCAGUGCUUCAAUUCAAAUACUGAGCAUUCAGAUUUCAGGAGAGGCAGAGAGUUAGAAGUGAAACACAAAGCAGAAUCCAAAACACCAUAUCUGUCUGCUCAGACUCAUCUUGAUUUUCCAUCUUCAAGGAGUUGCAAAAGUGUGCAAGAGACAAGUGCAAACAGUGUGUUCCAGUCCAGACUGGUCCCCACUAAACAGGUGUCCAAGGAAGCAUCACUGGAUUCCUGUAACUCCUCUAGAAAUGAAGCUGGCAUGCAAGGGAAGGAAGAUGACAGUACUUUGCUUUUAGGACAUAAUGACAACUCACUGAAAAAAGUAUCAACAGAAGAAAAAUCGGGUCCAUCGUUGUCGUCUUUCUUUAAGAGGAGCACGAACGUUCAGACUUCAAACCAGGAGCAGCCUAAUUUAAAUAAUUUGGAUAAAUAUGACUGCAAAAAUCAAUUUUCGGAGACCUCUUGUAGGGAUAAAAUUUCAGCAUGUGGUUAUUUUCCAUUUAGCUCUGAAAAUAAGAGGGAUGUGAUCAGGCCACUGUCAGUGAAGCAUGAAUCAAGUGACAGGUUGUUUGAGUUUUCAGAAUAUUUCAGGAGGGAAAACAGUUCAGUGGGGAAGAAAGAGGAGAAUUUUGUGAAGACUGUUUCUGAAGAUGAUGAUUUAUCAGACUCCCAGGUUGAUAGAGAACUCAGUAAAUUAUCUUUAGCUGCUUAUGCCAAAAGUCUUAAUUUUCCCAUUGCAACCAACCAGGAAAGCUCAGUGUACCAAAAUGUGUCUGAUAUUAAAAGGAAAGUGAAAGGUUCUGUAAGAUCUUCCAACGAGGGCCAAAGUACCAAGUGUCCCAGUGGUGGUGAUCAACUUAGCAAUCAAGUCAUUGUAAUUUCAGACUCUUCUGAUGAAGAAAAAGGUGUGGCUGAGAAAGAGGAAUCAAAAACCAAGAAUGAAAAUGUGUGUGCAGAGCCAUCUUCAACUUCCAGCAGCACUUCUGAUAGUGACACUAAAAGAGAAUCAAAGUCUCCAGGCUCUCCCCUCUUACUGGAUGACUGUGAGUCUCAGUAUUUUGAAUUUGAAACAGAAGAUGAGGUUUUUUCAGCUUGGCAAGACACUCAAGCGUAUGCUGUGGAGACAACUCAGGAGUAUAAACAAGAUGGUGUUUCACCAGCACCUGAGACAGGUAAUUCAGAUGACUGCCAGAAUGAUAACUUAAAUGACUGGGGCUAUGAUCUGCCUUACUUUAGUGAUGAGGCCAUGGAAGAGGCAGCAAGCUCAAUAGAAAAGCAGACAGAAAAUACUUCUUAUCAGCAAGAAGCUAGUGAUACCAAAGAAGCGACUAAUUCAACCUUGGAAGAAUCAGUUGGCAAGGAAGAGGCAAAAGGUCAACUGGAGAAAUGUGCAGACAAAGAUACUGCUGAAGGCUUCACCCUGGACUCAAAAGUGCCUGAACCCACAACAUCUACAUCUCCCAUCUCAUUAGCUUCAAAGCUGGCCCUUAAGAAAAAGAGCACAAGCCCACAGAAGCCCACAGCAAAAUGUAAAUCAGCACCAGCUGUUCAGAGAAGUCCUAAAAAACCUCCUGUUGUUAAAACAGCCAAAAAUAAAACACCACUGCAAAGCACAACAGAACGUUCUCAGCCUGGCAGGUCGAUGCCUGCUGUGGUUCCUCCACGGAAGGUCCGGCAGAGCCCUGCUCCAGCAUCAACUGCAGAAAAGCUUGGCCUGAAGAAGGGGCCCCGCAAGGCGUUCGAUUUGUCGCAGCCCUCCCUGGAGAGCCUGGCCCUGCUGCGCAGCCACGGCAAAGCUGCGGGCAGGAUUGGAGUCACGCAGAAAAAGAGAACCAAACAGAUCGAGGCUCAGCGUUUGUCUGUGAAAGGGAAUAAAAAACUGCUGGCCUGCCAAGACCGCCAGUAUCUAAAGUCCAGAAGAAGCGUGAAAAAAUCUGCGGGAAGUUUGGAGAGUAGAAACAAAGUUACCAAAAUGUACGCAAAACCUGUGGUACAAAAGGCUCAAAGUUUUGAACUGGGAGCUGUUAAAGAAUCUGUUGAAAACCAAAGGGAGAAAAAAAGAGAGGAGGCUGCUUGUUUUUCUGCCAGCGAGAGAAAAUUUGAGAGCCUCUCUGUGGAGGAGGUGGCAAAUUCCUCUAAAAUGCCUCGUUCUUCAGACUGGAACAGCAAAUGGGAGGGUAGCAGUGUUGUGGUUCCUCCUGUCCCCAUGGAUUCAAGUCUCUCUUCCACUGCACUUGAAGGUGAUAAAGAUGAGUCUUCAGGAAAAGGUUGCACUGUCCUGCCUGAGUGUGAGAUGAAAACUCCAAAGCAAAAUGGGUGUAAAUCAGAUGAAAGCAGUGAUGAAGGUGAUGAUAAUCUGUUUUUAACUCAGUUAGAUCCUGUGGAUAUGGAGUUAUGUUCUCAGGAGGAAAGUGUUCAAGAUGCUACUAUAGGUAGUAAGACCCCAGAGGAGAUGGAUGUUGAUGAAAGCCUUCAGCAGAAUGAAGUCUCAGCUGUUGUAAAAUGUAAAGAUAAAGAUUGUAUGGAACAGGUGGAAAAACCUGGAGAGUACUGCAGUAAACACCCAGCCACCAGUCCAGGGGCAGAUCAUGUGUUUGCCAAGCCUUCUCUCCCACCACCUAAAACAAAAAAACCUUCCACUGCCAAAAUUUUCAGCUCAGCGAGUUCUUCACGGAACGCAGCCUUCAGCAAAGAUCUGGAAGAUGGCAGAAAGUUUCCCCCACCUUCAAAAAGCAAAGUGAACGCGGCCAAGCCGGCGGUGGUGAGGCCACCACUGUAUCCAAAACCUGCACCAGCAGGAGAUCCAACCUGCAAAUCUCCAAGUUUCAAACCCCUUAGUUCCAGUAAUGUUCUCCAGUCACAAAAUAAACACUAUGACAAUGCUUCAAAUAUUUCCAGAGGGCCUGGCCGAGAAACCUCCUCCUCUUUUCUUGGCCAGCAGCGCGAUUACAGCAUUUUUGUUAACCAAGUCCUAAAGUGGACUUACGAAAUGUUUGAAAACUUCAGCUACUUUGGAACUCCAAAUCAUCUUCUGCACACCAUAGUAGCUGCUGUUCCUCCCCAUUUUCAGGGCUACAAUGAGUAUUUUGACACAUUUUUUCCCUUGAUGAUGCUCAAUGCCUUUGAAACACUGGCACAAGAAUGGGUAGAAAACCAGAAAGUAAGAGAGAGAGGUUAUUACUUCUACUUAGAGAACUUUUCUGCUGACAUGAAUACAGCACAUUUUACAGCUCAUCUACGAGAGAGUGAUUUGGCAAGGCAGCUCCAUCCAAAGGAGGAUGACUUAAUCCUUUUGAAGGUCCACAAGCAGAAGGACACUUUUGGGGAAGAAAGUGGGAUGGAGUACCACACAGUGAAUCAUGUUGGCCUUGUGACACGUUUUGCUCGUGCAUCUGGCUGUGCAAAUAGACAAAAAGAGCAGCAGACUGCCUGUCAUCUUACUGUGCAAACCCAAGGCAAUUUGUCAUUCUUUAUCCAUAAGCAAGUGAAGUGUGUGGUGGUUGGCUCCCUGGUGACCACACACAGAAAAUUCAAAGGUCUCCUGCUGCUGAGCAGGAGCCCCCUGGUUAGACCCAUCAUAAAUCCAAGUUACAAUGACUUCUGUCCCAGAGAUCUGCCUGUUGCCUCAGGAAGUGCUGUUUCAUACAUGAAUGAAUACAAUGAAGAUCAGAAGAGAGCCAUUGAGACAGCUUAUGCUAUGGUAAAGCAGCACCCAGGACUUCCCAAGAUCUGCCUCAUCCAUGGACCUCCUGGGACAGGGAAAUCAAAAACUAUUGUAGGACUCCUGUCCCGUGUUUUGAGAGAAAACACUAGGAAUGAGAAAACAGCUCGGAAAAAAAACUCCAAGAUUAAGCCAAACCGUUUUCUAGUGUGUGCACCAUCAAAUGCUGCUGUUGAUGAACUCAUGAAAAAGAUCAUCAUUGCAUUUAAGGAAAAAUGCCAAAACAAACAGGAGCCUUUGGGAAAUUGUGGUGAUAUCAAAUUAGUGCGACUUGGUCCUGAAAAAUCAAUCAACAAUGAAGUGAGGGGAUUCAGCCUGGAUAAGCAAGUUGAGCACAGAAUGAAACGAAAGCCAGGUGACUGUGACCAGGACAUUCAGAAGAAGAAAGAAGCUCUGGACCAGAAGCUGGACAUGCUCUCUCGAGAGCGUGCCAUGCACAGAUGUGAGAAGAGAGAGAGUCAAAUGUUAAAUGAUGAAAUUGGCAGACUUGCAAAGGAGAGACAACAACUUGCUUCUCAGCUAAAGGAGGUUCGGGUGCACUCCCAGAAGGUGCAGGCAGACAUCAUCCUGGAGUCUGACAUCAUCUGCUGCACGCUGAGCACCAGCGGGGGGAGCCUGCUGGAAUCGGCCUUCUCCCGCCAGGGGCUGGAUCCCUUCAGCUGUGUCAUCGUGGAUGAGGCAGGGCAGUCCUGUGAGGUGGAAACUCUGAUCCCACUGAUCCAUCGCUGUAAUAAACUGGUCCUGGUUGGAGAUCCCAAACAGCUCCCUCCUACUGUCAAAUCAGUAAAAGCUCAGCAGUAUGGCUAUGACCAGUCUCUGAUGGCCCGACUGCAGAAGCACCUGGAGGAGCAAGUGCAGAGGAACAUGCUGCACAGCCUGCCUGUGGUGCAGCUGACAGUGCAGUACAGGAUGCACCCAGACAUCUGCCUCUUCCCAUCCAACUAUGUGUAUGGCAGGACUCUAAAAACUGCCAAGGCAAUAGAGGAGAACAGAUGUUCUUCAGAAUGGCCAUUCCAGCCCUACCUGAUUUUUGAUGUAGCUGAUGGUCGUGAGGAGCGAGACAAUGACUCUUACAGCAAUCCUCGGGAAGUGAAGCUGGUGAUGGAGUUAAUUAGAACAAUUAAAGAGAAAAGGAAGGAUCUGGGCCUUCGUCGCAUUGGAAUAAUUACCCCUUACAGUGCACAGAAAAAGAAAAUCCAGGAACAACUGGACAGUGUGUUUAAGAAUAACAGCCCAGGAGAGGUGGACACGGUGGAUGCGUUCCAGGGCCGGGAGAAGGAUUGCAUCAUCGUGUCCUGUGUGAGGGCAAACAGCUCCGAGGGCUCCACUCUGCCACACCUGCAGGCAAACAGCACCAAGGGAUCCAUUGGGUUCCUGGCCAGCCUCCAGCGCCUGAAUGUCACCAUCACCCGAGCCCGGUUCAGCCUCUUCAUCCUGGGCCGGCUGCAGACGCUCAUGGGAGAUGAAAACUGGAAUCACUUGAUUCAGGAUGCUCAGAAGAGAGGUGCCAUUAUUAGGACAACAGAAAAAAGUUACAAGAAAGAAGCUCUCAGGAUUUUGAAGCUCAGGCCACCAGGACAACCCCCAUCCAAAGGAGGGACUAUGACAUCUCCUGUGGUGCAGGCUGCUUCUUCCAGUGGCAAGAGGAGUGAGCCUGGAAAUUCUGGGAGCAGCCCACGGGAACUUGCUGCUGGCCCUGGCCAUGCAGUGCCCCAAGGAAGCCGAGGGCCCACACAGCCUGCAGGGGCUGCAGCUGCAGAUUCCAACAGGGGCAGUGCCCCUGCAUCUCUUGGGGCUCCAGCUGCAGUUCCCAGGAGUGUCAGUGCCCCUGCAUCUGUGGGGGCUGUAGCAACAGAUUCCAGGAGGGUCAGUGCUCCUGCAGCCAUGGGGGCUCCAGCAACAGAUUCCAGGAGGAGCAGUACCCCUGCAUCUAUUGGGGCUGGAGCUGCAGAUUCCAGGAGGGCCAGUGCCCCUGCACCUUUGGGGACCCCAGCUGCAGAUCCCAAGAGGAGCAGCAGUGCCCCUGCACCCUCAGGGGUUCCAGCUGCUGAUUCCAGGAGGAGCAGUGCCCCUGUAUCUGUGGGGACCCCAUCUGCAGAUCCCAGGAGGGGCAGUGCCCCUGCACCCUCAGGGACCCCAUCUGCAGACUCCAGGAGGAGCAGCAGUGCCCCUGCACCCUCAGGGGUUCCAGCUGCAGAUCCCAGGAGGAGCAGCAGUGCUCCUGCACCCUCAGGAGUUCCAUCUGCAGAUCCCAAGAGGAGCAGCAGUGCCCCUGCACCCUCGGGGGCUGCAGCACUUGGUGCCAUCCCAGAGAAGCCCCGGGACCCCAGGCUGGCCAGCCUGGCCACUCGAGCUGAAGGCAAAGGGAAGGAGCAGCCCUUGAGGUCAGCCCAGAGCACGCCAGGAUCAGCAGCACAGCAAGGCCUGCACGUGUCCCCAGCUGCCAGGGAUCAGGUGUGCAGAACAGAAAGUGCCAGGAAGGCCCAGCAGGCAGCAGGACAGGGCAGUGUGCUGCCCCCAGCCCCUCCCUCAGCCCAGCACGAGGGUGACCGGAGAGCAGCCGUGUCCAAAAGCGGUUCCAGAGCCCCCAGGGAAGGAGCUCAGAGCAGUGGCAGUGAGUGGAACAAAGACUCUCGUGGUGUGUCAAGGAGACCAUCCCAGGAAUCACCAGAGAACUCAGAAUCAAGCUCUGCCAAGAGAAGAAAGUUCUUUCACUGACUUCACUGUGGGCUCAUUACUGAAAAUCUAUUCCCAGAUUUCUGUCGAGCAAGGACUGUGUUUUAAAUUAUUUAGCACAGCUGGAACUCCCAUCUAUUGAUACCACUACUAUCAGAGGAUCUCUUUCCCAUCCUGUCCCUAAUUGUGAAGGGAUUUAAUACCUGACAGAUGGUACCUUUGAGGUUUUGAAAAGAGAAGUUGGGUAGCUGCAUUGCUUGGAAGAGCAGUGGGUUGAGUCAUCUAGGAAGCUGAGGUUGUAAAUGUUUAACAGUGUAUAUUUGUACAGUAUACAGAAUUAUUUUAAGAUAUUUGGCAAAUACAUAGCUUCUUAGUUUUUUUGUGUAAAUGCUAAUUUCUUAGAGAUGUAAUUUUUUUAUGAAGAACCAGAGUAAAGCAAAAACAAAACCCAACAACCCAACCCCAAAAUCCAAAGGACAGACUUCUUUUCCCUUUGCACUAAUAUGUCUAAUUUAUUUCAUAGCAAAACUGAGUGUUGAAAAUGUGAUACCAGUGGUUCUUGCUAGUGCUCCACUACUGCCUCAGGGAAGAGUGAGGCAGAUGUACAUUGGUUGAACAGAGAGAAUUCUACUUAUUUUGUAUAUAUUUUAUUGCCUGUUUUUAUAGGAAGAAAAGAGUUUUUGUUUAUAUAAACGUGCCUUGAGUUUUGCUCUUGCUGCUGCUCUAUCAGUUGGAAUCCCUUUCUUGUUGCAGGGGCAACACAAUCUGCAGAUUAAAACCUGUGAGGUCUCUUUGGUCCCACUGUGUCCCUGUGAGCAGGGAUCAACAGCACUGUGGAAUCUUGGUCCAACAUCUAUUAACAGUUAUUGGAAAUAUCAUUUGAGUUUCUGUGUAUUGAGAAUUUGGAGAUGACUGGGAUGAAAAGGGCAGGUAGAUCUUUCUAGGUGUUACUGCUGGAUUCUUUCCACUGUGCUCCUGCAGAACAUGCAGCCACUAAAAGAGGAUGGCGAAAAAACCAAAUUAUUUUUAAGAAAACCUUCCUCACAUCAUAACAUUUCACAAUAAAACUGGAAUUAUUUCUACUAAGAAUUCCUUUGGGUCGCUGUUAAGUACAAGUGUGUGUUUUGUGGAGCUUGUGUGUGUCUCAGGAGGUGAAGAGCAGCAUUUCACAUGCACUGAGCUUUGUGUGGAGACAACCUGAGGGUGCAGGGAGUGGGCCAGGUUGUGCCAUCUCCACUGAGCAGGGAGUGUCCUGCUGUCCCUUGUCACAGCAGUGUGGCAGUGGCUUUGCUGCAGCAAGUGAGCCACAGUUUUUAGGCUUCAGCUUCAGUUCCAUUUCUGUUCCUGCAGGGAUAAUUCCAGCUUUGUGCCUUGACCCUCUGCCAGGCAGGGCCCAGCUCAGGGAGACACCAGUGCCUUGCUCUGCCCAGCACCAGGUGCUGGUUCAGGCUGUGAUUGCCAGGAAAACUCAUCCCUAAUGCAUCCACACCCAGAACAAACAUCCUUUACUGGUAGGAGCUGCCUUGGAGGUGUGUGGGGAAGCUUUUAUUGCUGCCUGGGCCUGUCCAGCUCCUUGUGCUGUGCAGGACUGAGUGUUUCAGUGGAAUGGGGAGAAUCAGCAUCUGUGCAUUGUUCAGCUUUAGUUAUUUGUUGUGUUGCAUUCUGAAUCCUGCAGUGACCCUGACUCCUCCUGGCAGCCCUGUGUGCUCUUCUCCAGCUGCUGAGGGACUGACCUUAACAAACUGGGCAUCCCAGACUCCAUACCUGUGUGUUAUUCCCCUUUAUGUUAAUAGGAACAUUUCAAAACUGUCAUCUUCCAAGCCCCUUGGCUCUUGUUGGCAGGGCUGUGCUGCCCUGCCUGCUGUUUGUACUUAGCACAUUAAGAGGCUGCUGCUCUGCAAACCCCAUGGCUGUGGAAGCCAUUUGGACUGUCUUGAUGUAAAUAAAGUGAAGCUGGCAACAAAAUGAA